AUGCUGGCCAUCUGCUUGCCCAAAGCUGGCCUGCCAACUCUUACGGAUAUAUUGCACUGCAAUCUUUGUGUAGCUGAGCAACUCCAAGCACUGUACGGUGCCCAGAACAGGGCGGUCUGGAGCCGACAGAGCGGAUAUCUGAGCAGAGCUUCUGCUUUAAGGACCCUCGUCUGCCCUCCACCUUCCACCUCCCCGUCGUGGGCGGACGGGGUCGGUGGACACUGGUUCUCGAAGCAUUCGCGCUCAACACUGGACGUUGAGCCUGCUCAGACCCCGUCCAUCAGGCCAGGAUCAAAUGGAGAGGGGCGCGCCCUGAGGGCAAGCCUCAGGUAA